UGUAUUUAUCUUUAAGGGAGAUCUACGUGGCGGCCGUCCCCAUACGACAGACUAGCAGCCAAGUGGGAAACUUAGGCUUCUUGCCUCUGCAGAUUUCUCCAUAUAUAAAUAUAACAUCUUUUAUAUAUACAAUUAUAUGUAUAUAAGCGUGGUUUUCUGAGGCAAAUAAUUUGUUGGAUCGAAUCUGUUUUCGGCAUGAGCCUCAAUCUAUAGUUUCAGAAACAGCAGGAGUUUUUGUUCUUAUAUAAAGAUUCCGUACGUUUAUGAUGAAAGAAGAAUUUUGUUCAUCGACUUCUACAAGAAACAUGAACACAGAGAAGCAGAAGCAAGAGCAAGAGAAAAAACCAUACAAAGGGAUAAGGAUGAGAAAGUGGGGAAAGUGGGUAGCUGAAAUCAGAGAACCCAACAAGAGAUCUAGAAUAUGGCUUGGCUCUUACACCACUCCGAUAGCUGCAGCACGUGCCUACGACACAGCCGUCUUCUAUCUUAGAGGCCCGUCUGCUCGACUAAAUUUCCCUGAAUUGAUUUUCCAAGAUGACGAUCUUCGAGACAUGUCCGCCGCUUCUAUACGCAAGAAAGCUACAGAAGUUGGAGCUAGGGUUGAUGCCUUGCAAACUGCCCUCCAUUCAUCAUCACAACAACGCUCAGAAUCAAAUUCUACCGCCCGCUUAUCUGAGAAGCCCGAUUUAAACAAGUACCCAAACCCAGAAAGUUCUGAUGAAGAUUGAAAGAGAUAAUAAAUACAUGGAACCAAAAAGGGUUCUGUUUUAUUAGGUUAAAAAGCUGGGUAGCUGCUUUAAUCAUGAUCUACAAUUAAUCUCUCAGUUGUAACUUUAUAGAAGCUAAACGAGAAUAUAGGAAGUUAUGUACUGAAUCUCUUAAUUAAAUUUAAUGUUUCCUCUUUUUUCCCCCCGA